AUGACGGCCUUACUGACCGUUGACACGGUUUGCAGCUAUGUCGCCGAGCAGCUACGAGAUUUGCCCGACGUGCCUGUGUCCACAGGCUCGUCGCUGACUGCAGCCGAGGUCACAGGUGGGAAUCUCAACUACGCCUUUGCCGUCCGCGACCCUGCGGGAGGAGGCGUCUUCGUGAAGCAAGCGCCCGACUACAUCAAGGUCUUGGGACCUGCAGCCGCUCUUACGCGCCAGCGCAUGCGCCUCGAGGUGCAGGUGUAUACAGAGUGGACGGCGCAUGGAUCGGUCGCCGCCACGUAUUUCCCGCGUGUGUGGAAGUUUGACGAGGAAGCCAUGGCCUUCAUCAUGGAGCUCUUGGACAGCCACGAGCUACUGCAGAAGCGCCUUUUCGAGGGACAUGUCGAGGAGGCUGCGGCAAGAUCGCUGGGCGACUGCAUGGCGCAGAUGCACAGCAGGACUCAUUGCUCAAAGAUUUCGGCAGAGGAGUGUCAGCGGCUAUCAGCGGCCUACGAGAACCGCCUGAUGCGGGACAUCCAGCUUGAGUUUGUGUUCUCCAAGUGCUACCGGGAGGACGCACGCGCAGAGAGCUUGCGCUCCGAUGCCGCCUUCAUGUCGCAAGUGGAGGCGAUCAAGGACAUCUACAAUGGGAGCGUGACCAGCAAUUUGGCCCUCUGCCAUGGUGAUCUUCACGCAGGGAGUGUGAUGGUGGAUGACCGAUCAGCAGCAGUGAAGAUCAUCGACCCUGAGUUUGCCGUUUUCGGACCACCUGGCUUGGAUGUCGGCUCACUGCUCUCGACCUACGCGCUGGCCUACUGUUUCCACAGCGCCCUGCAGAACAGCUGCAAGAAGGAGCUUCUGCAUGCGAUGCGCGUGAUCUGGGAGACCUACCUCGCAGCUAUGAAGGCUGCAGGCAUUGCAGCCGACCUGUUGAAGUCCACUGAGCAAGAAGCCGUGGCCUUCGCGGGCUGUGAGAUCGCCCGGACGGCGCUGGGCUUGGCCUACGAGCGUUCCCUGCGGCUUGAGGACGCAGCACUGAAGGCCGCUGCGGAAAAGAGCGCGCUGGCCGUGGGCGUGGCCUGCAUCCAGCGGUUCCGAGAGGGGAUGCCAGCCCUGAUGGAGGCGCUUGAGAAGUUUGAUGCCGGCGCGUUUAGCACUUGA